AGGAGAAGUGGCAUCCUGACCUAGUCGUCUCUGGUUUGGUGAGAUGAGCGCAGAGAGGUUUCAGAUUCAAAUCCCAGAUCCACAGCUUAAUUGUUGUACUUUUCUAAGCCUGUUUCCUAACCUGCAAUACGGAGUUCCUGGGGCCUUUAUGAGUCCCUACAGAGUACUAAUAUUCCUAUCGCCACAAUGUGUGCUUCAGGGAAUUGAAACCUGGAUCGGAAUCUCAUCCAGAGAAAUAAAAAAACACAAACAACGAUUCUCCAGGCCUCAGUUUCCCCAUCUUCAAGUCGAGCGUCUGGCCUAGACACUACCGUGUCCGUCCGCAGACUGCCCGCGCCCCCUGCCGGCGCGAGGGGGCACUGUCUGGCCGCAUCUUGCUGGAGCGUCCACGCUCUCGGUCGGCAGAGGGAGCGUGGACACCCUUGGGACUCGGAAAGUAAAGGCCUGAGGGCCAGCAAGGAGCCCGAACUCCGUCGGGAGCAGGCGGAAGGCCCCCACGCGGGCCCUGGGACGGAGACCGCGACCUGGGGGCGUGGUCCCUAGCGGGGCGGGCCUCGAGCGGGGCGGGGCCAGCCCUCCGGCCCAGACGUGGCGCAGUGGUCGGGCGGUUCACCUCCAGCUUGGCAUCUUCCGCCGGUACCCAUGCAUCUCCCGCUGCCUCCGCGGCCCCUACUGCUGCUUCUCGCGACACUCGCGGCCGCCACCACCACCUUCCGGCCCGACUGGAACCGUCUGCACGGCCUGGCCCGAGCCCGGGUAGAGACCUGUGGGGGAUGACAGCUGAAUCGCCUGAGGGAGGUGAAGGCCUUUGUCACCCAGGACAUCCCAUUCUAUCACAACCUGGUAAUGAAACACCUCCCGGGGGCCGACCCAGAGCUCGUGCUGCUGGGCCACCGCUACGAGGAACUGGAGCGAAUCCCACUCAGCGAAAUGACCCGCGAGGAGAUCAACGCGCUGGUGCAGGAGCUCGGCUUCUACCGCAAGGCGGCGCCGGACGAUCCUGUGCCCCCCGAGUACCUGCGGGCGCCCGCUAAGCCCGCCGAAGGCGCUCCGGCCCGCCCUGACCUGUAGGUCCGGGGGCGCGGUACCCCCCCUGCCUGAGCCCUGGGGACAGAUGAAGCGUUCAGCGUCCCGGGAGCACCUCCCUCGCUGAGGGCCGACGCCCGGUCCCGGAGCUGCAGGGAUAGAGUUGGGGAUUCCUCCUAACCCCUCUUCCCUCCCUAGGUCAACUAAAUCCCCUUCCACCUUAAA